UCAAGUUUUGGGUGUUCUUAGCAAUUGUAUUUUUUCAAGUCUUUUGGGGAUUCUUUUUUUUUCAAGUGUGCAUAGAAAGUUGAGAGAGGCAUUUUACCUGCUCAAUCUCACUUUUGUAAGAUGGCCUCUGUAAUUGGAGAAGCUCUUCUAGGAAAAGUUUGUGAGAUAGUCCUUGAGAUAACCCUUCGGAAACUUCCUGAAGAGGCAAACACGGUGGUGAACUUCAGAAAGGAGUUCAGAUGGUUAAAUAAGAAACUCAGACAUGUGAGGGGUUUUCUGAAAGAUGCUGAUCAACAGUCUCGACAUAACGAGGAUGUAAAAGAAUGGCUGGAGGAGAUUCGCGUUAUUUCCAUGCUUGCAGAGGACAUCUGUGAGGAAUGUGCUGUGGAACCUCUGUAUGUAAAUAACGUUCAAUCUUGUGGGUUGAGUUUCAACAAAUGCAUUUUUCGGUAUAGGACAGGGCGGAGAAUUAAGGACAUCAAGGACCGCAUCAGAUCUGUUAUUGAAGAGGGCAACGAGUUGAAGUUAUUGCAUGAUCUUUUUCCUGCAAAUGAAGCAUCACCCAGUAGUAGUACAUCUCAAAGUGUAGAUUGGAAGAGAUCUAGUGUUUUGCCCAGCGGCAGCGAUUCACACACAGUGGGGAUAGAGUCCAAAGUUGAUGACCUGCUUAAGUUGUUGGACAGCAAUGCCUUUCCAGUUAUUGCGGUAGUUGGGAUGGGGGGGAUGGGCAAAACCCAUCUUCUUCAACAUGUUUACAACCACAGCAACAUAAAAGAAAGGUAUGAGAAAUCUAUAUGGCUUUCAGUCUCUCAGUCUUACUCUAUUUCCAAAUUACAGAAAGAUUUAGUCUUUCAGAUAAAUGAUGAAGAGUUAAGUAAACGGGUAAAGGAAAGUGAAGUAAGUGAGCAGGUAUUAGCUCCGGAGAUUCAUAAAAAGUUGAAAGGAAAGAGGUGUCUUGUGGUGUUGGAUGAUGUGUGGAGGGCUAGUAGAGAAGAUGAUUUGUUAGCUAGACUUGGCCUCCCAACUGCAAACAAUAUCCCAUGCAAGAUUGUGGUGACUACAAGAAGCAGGGAGGUUUGUGCAAAUUUGAAUGCUAACAUUUAUGAGAUGCAAAAUUUGUCAGAUGAAGACAGUUGGAGACUAUUUUGCGUUUAUGCAUUUGAGGGAUCUGAGAUAAAGAGAGAGCCAGAGAAGCAUCUGGUAGAGGUGGGUCGUAAGAUUGUAAAACAAUGUGGAAAUCUUCCGCUGGCUAUCAAAACAAUAGCCGCAUCUCUGGCAAAGACCAGAUUGCCACGGGAGUGGGAGUCCAAGCUCCAGCAGCUUCAAGGGCUACAAACUCCCAAUGUUGAUCCGAUCAUGUCUAUUCUAAGACUGAGUUAUGAUUCCUUGCCUGCAGUUCUUAAAGCUUGUUUUGCCUAUCUUUCCUUCUUUCCCGAGGAUCAGGUGAUACAUUGUGAGUAUCUGAUAAAUUUGUGGAUAGGGGAAGGUUUUAUUCCAGCAGGAGAGGGCCAGUGGGAUGCGGCAUGGGACUGUUUGUAUCAACUUGCCAGUCUCUGUCUGCUUCAACUAUGGGAACAAGUUCAAUUAGAUGAAACAAUCCUUCAACAUACUUUAAUCAAACAAUGUAAAAUUCACGAUCUGUUGCUUGAUUUGGCCAUACAGGUAUCAAGAGAAAAUAAAUGUAUUUUUUCUAUUGAGGAAGCCUCCAAAGAUGCAAGUGCUGACUGGUGUCGGAUUUUAUUGGUCAAGAAAGAUAUACAUGAGGAAGACAUCUCAGAUAGUCGUCCUGUUUGUCUCCGCACAUUCUCACUGUCACACAAUAGAGGCAUUGGAAGCAUUCCACCAACCUUGUUCACCGCUAUGAGAGGACUACGCGUUCUCGAUUUGAGCGGGACAGGCAUCUCUGCAUUGCCUGAAAGCAUUGGAAAGAUGAAACUCCUCAAAGUAUUGAAUUUAAAGGAUACAUAUAUUAGAGAGGUAUCAGAGUGUGUGAGACAUCUGAAAAGUCUAUUGUUUCUUGCUCUGCCUCAGGGAUGUUACAAUUUACCAUUAUGGAUAAAUGAAGUUAAAUGUCUUCAGCAUUUAGAAUGUGAGAAUGUUAGUCGCAUGCCAAAGGGAAUAUCAGAGCUGGUCUCUUUGAGAAGAUUGCGAUCAUCACCCUUGUAUCUGUCCAUUGAAGAGGACGAAUUAAUGAAGUCAGAGGAUUUUGCCGAUAUGGCUCAGCUUCAGGAACUACGGUUAAAUGUUGGGUAUGAAAUGGACUUGGAAGGGAUCGUUGCGUCGCUGGUGAAGAUGCGUUGGCUAUACAUUGCGAAUAUGGCCGGAACAGAAGAAUUGGUGGUUCCAGAGAAAGUGGCAGCGAUGAAAGAUCUGGAAAGUCUUACACUAGGUUGUUUUGAAGUGCCAAAUUUGAGGGAACUCGAAUUACAUUGGUAUGGCUAUAGUGAUUCUCUAGAGUUUCAAAUAAUGCCCAACCUUGUGAGGUUGACGUUGUAUGGGGAGAAUAGGAGGUGCAGAGGAAUUGCAAAAGCAUUUGGAAAGGCGGACGGGUUUCCACAGCUCCGCUUCUUGAAGAUUAGUUGGUUUGAUGAAAUAGAGGAGUUUCCAGAAUUGGAGGAAGGGGCAAUGGCAUGUCUUGAGGAGUUGAAGCUAACAAGGUGUCCUAAAGUGAAGAAAGUGGGAGGGGGAUUGGAGCACUUGAAAAGACUCAAGCUCUUCAAUUAUCGUGGGACAGGGACAGAUGAAUUAAGGAAGAUGUUCAAGGAAGGCGGAGAAUAUUGCCAUAAAAUCAAGUCCAUCAAUCCACACGUAACUAUUAAAGGCUAAGUUAAGGAAGAAUUUUUUUUCUUUGGAGAUUUAUGCUCAAGAAAGAAAAUGUUUUUAUUGAGAUCAAAAAUAGAUAAUUUUGGAGCCUUUGAUGAAAGUGCUUUCUUCAGAAUUUUUGCUUUGUUGAAGAUAAAGGUUGCUUUCUUUGGCACCUGGCUUGUAAAGCAUUAUAUGCUUUAGUUGUAUUUCAUUAUAGAAGGAGGAUAGAGUGAUUAUUAUAGAGUUGUUGAUAUACUAUCUGUGUUUCUCCAGAGAAGAGAAAGAUGUAGUCUCCCUAUUAAAUAUAUGAGCCUACAAGUGUAUUAUAAUAUUUUUGUUCCAAAUUAAUACAAUGGUUUGAAGCUUUCAAGA